AUGAAAGCCUCCAUAUUUUUUUCAGGAGUCCUGACUCCUGCCCUAGUUUUAGGCAUUCAACCAGCGCAAUUCUUCACGGAAGACGCCUCUCCUGUUCUGGUAAUGCAAGAUCAUGAGCCUUCAUUUUUGGAAGGAGCGCACUAUGUGCGAGCAUUGCGUGCAGCUAGACUGGGUGCACAAGCUGCCCAGAGACAUGCAGUGAAUCUUCCUCCCGCAAACCAGCCGCCGGGGGGAGCCACGCGUUUAAGAACCCCUGGGGGUCUGUUGGGACCACAACCAGGUGCUCGCCGCUACCCGCUCGUUGAAGCCAAGCCUGCUGUGCGAGCAACACCACAUGUCUAUCUUCCGAGAAUGCAGCCAAGGGUCAUUAGUGUCCUUGGGCCAAAGUAUAGCCCUUUCCGUAUUCCUCCAGCAAUCCUCUCUAAGCCUCUUUCUCCGGCUGUGGGUAUGAACGCGGCCCGUCACCUACAUACGACUUCUCCGCUGCAGGGGGAACGGGGCACAUCGGAUACCCCACCGGAGCAAGACGCGCCUACUCAACAGGUUGUAAAGGUAGAAGACCUCCGGAAUGAGCUUGCUGAUGCCGUGAAACACAAUGCGAAAGUUCUAGAUGACUACGAUACCCGUCAUAGGCCUCCUGAAGCUGCUGCGUUUGAGGCUAGCUUCCGGCUUGCUUUGCAGAGCAUGAAUCCUGGCGUCCCCAAGGGGACAGUUGUCUUGCGCGAUCUGAAAGAGUGUAAUUCUGAUCAAAUACUUGUUUCGCAAUGCAACGCAAAACUGGGAAAAGUACUGGGGAGAGGUGGUAACGGAUUAGUGGUCGAGGUGAUGGUGGAAGAUACGAACACUCAAAAGAUCCUUGGAGUUCAGAAGUUUGCAGUAAAGUUUAUUUAUUUCGAGGGAAAACCUGGAAUCCCCGCUGACCGGACUGUGGAAUUUGCUAAAUCAGUAGUAUCUGGUUCUCUGGAAGAGGAGCUGGCUUCAGUUGGGAAGGUAGUUGACACGGUACGUGCGAAUGGCCAUCGAUCCCCAACUGCAAGCAUAUCCCGCGAAAACAGAUGGUCAUUGCCACUCUUCGAGGCCGUUGUAGGAGACAGUGCAGGGGCGAUUUGUCACAUUGAGAAUCUUUUUUUUUCGGGUAGAGUACUUUUAUCAGAGCAAAUGCUGGGGGAUGCAACCAACAUCUUGGAGCACAAUAUAUCGGGUGCACCGACGCUUAACCUAUCCAUGGGUGCACGAGAGUACCUUUGCAAACAAUUCCUUUUCUCACUUCAAAAACUACAUGCACUGGGCCUUGUCCACUUCGAUGUAAAGCCCCAAAACAUCCUAAUUUCUAGCAGCGGAGAAGCGCACGUUGCGGACUUUGGGGCCGUUGAGAAGGAAGGUUUCUGGCGACCAUGCCGAUCUGGGGUAACUCCUCUCUACGCAGAUCCAACACAAGCAGAGUGUAUAUUGAGAGAUGGUAGGAUGAACGCUGAUCCACUCUUUGAUUCGUGGUCGGCGGGGGUCACAGUCUUUCAAAUUCUAACGAACGGGAAUUUGCCGUUUGGCCUUACUCCUCAUGGCAACGUUCUAGCAAAACUCGUGGUUUUGGAUAAGUCAAGAAACACGAGCUACGGAAGCCCAUUUCCGAUGAGCUCACCGGAAGAGGCAAAUGCGAAGAAGCUUCGGGAGGCUGGUGCCAGCGAGCCGGCGAUCAGAAUUGUUCAAGGCUUGCUCCAACACAAGAAGUUUUUGAGACGGCAGGUGAGUGAGGCCCUUGAGGAGAACCCUGAUUGGCUGGAGGGCAAGGAGUAA